UCUCACUUCACACCGCCCCCUUCUCUCCCCCUCCUCAUGAUUGUGACGUCACCAGCAGGUCCUGGUCGCAGUCACUGCUGUUGUGUGGAGAUUCUCUGCUCCUCAGUAUAAGGAGAAGAUUCGGCUUUUCAAUUAGUUCCUUCUGUAUGACCCAUUUAUAUUCUCUCCCGUAUCAAGUAAAUUACAGGAGGAUGGAGAAGGACAGGAAUGAGAUGACUAAGAGAAUAUUACACUUCACCUUGGAGAUCCUCCACCUGCUGACCGGAGAGGAUUACACCAUAGUGAAGAAGACAUGGGGGGAGUGUGUGGCCCCCAGCAGCCAUCUCCAUGAGUCAGGAGGACGGAGCAGGGCCCGGGGCCCCAUCAUGGAGCCUCCACCUCACUCACUGAUACAUAAGGAUAAGAUCCUAGAACUCACCCACAGGAUCACUGAGCUGCUGACUGGAGAGGUUCCUAUAAGGUGUCAGGAUGUGGCGGUCUAUUUCUCCAUGGAGGAGUGGGAGUAUGUAGAAGGACACAAGGAUCUGUACCAGGACAUAGUCAUGAUGAAGAAUGACCCCCCAGGGGUAGACGAGGACAUAAUCCACAUGACUAGGAGGACACUAGACGUGGCCCUAGAGAUGAUCCACGUGAUAUCUGGAGAGGAUUACAUAAUAAUAAAGAAGUCGUCUGGAAAAAUUUUGACCCCCUGUGUGACCAGGAGACGGAGCAGGGCCCGGGGCCCCAUCACAAAGACUCCACCUCACUCACUGAUACAUAAGGAGAAGAUCCUAGAACUCAUCCACAGGAUCACUGAGCUGCUGACUGGAGAGGUUCCUAUAAGGUGUCAGGAUGUGGCGGUCUAUUUCUCCAUGGAGGAGUGGGAGUAUGUAGAAGGACACAAGGAUCUGUACCAGGACAUAGUCAUGAUGGAGGAUCACCGGCCCCUCGCAUCACAAGGAGAAGAUGGAGAGAUCAUGGAGCGCUCCUCGGGACAAGAUGGAGAGAUCAUGGAGCGCUCCUCAGGAGAAGACCUCCUUACCCCUAAUGUCCAUCCAGAUCUAUCCUAUAAUAAUCCCCCUGAUCAUGGGGAACAUUCUCCUGACCAACCGCACAUUGUUACCACAAGGACAGGUCGGAAAGGGGGGAAAAGGAUCCAAUGUGACGAAUGUGGGAAACAGUUUAAAAAAAGAUCAUAUCUUAUUAUUCACAGAAAAAGUCACACAGUAGAGAAGCCAUAUUCAUGUUCAGAAUGUGAGAAAUGCUUUAAAAGUAAAUCAGAACUUGUUAUUCAUGAGAGAGUUCACACAGAAGAAAAGCCAUAUUCAUGCUCAGAAUGUGGGAAAUGUUUUACAUGUAAAUCAAGUCUUGUUAUGCAUGUGAGAAUUCACACUGGAGAGAAGCCGUAUUCAUGCUCAGAAUGUGGGAAAUGUUUUACAUAUAAAUCAAGUCUUGUUAUGCAUGAGAGAACUCACACAGGAGAGAAGCCAUAUUCAUGCUUGGAAUGUGGGAAAUGUUUUACAUGUAAAUCACAUCUUGUUAUGCAUAAGAGAACUCACACAGGAGAGAAGCCGUAUUCAUGCUUGGAAUGUGGGAAAUGUUUUACAUCUAAAUCAGGUCUUGCGGAACAUAAAAGAAGUCACACAGGAGAGAAGCCGUAUUCAUGUUCGGAAUGUGGAAAAUGUUUUACAUGUAAAUCACAUCUUGUGUUACAUGAGAGAAUUCACACAGGAGAGAUGCCACAUUCAUGCUCAGAAUGUGGGAAAUGUUUUACAUGUAAAUCACAUCUUGUGUUACAUGAGAGAAGUCACACAGAAGAGAAGCCAUAUUCAUGCUCAGAAUGUGGGAAAUGUUUUAAAUGCCAUUCACAUCUUGUUAGACAUGAAAGAACUCACACAGGAGAGAAGCCAUAUUCAUGUUCAGAAUGUGGAAAAUGUUUUACAUGUCAUUCUUCUCUUGUUAAACAUGAAAGAAUUCAUACAGGAGAGAAGCCGUAUUCAUGUUCAGAAUGUGGGCAAAGCUUUAUACAAAAAUCAAGUCUUAUUAAACAUGAGAGAAGACACACAGGAGAGACGCGCUAUUCAUGUUCAGAAUGUGGGAAAAGCUUUGCACAAAAAUCAAGUCUUAAUCAACAUGAGAGAAUUCACACAGGAGAGAAGCUAUAUUCAUGUUCAGAGUGUGGGAAAUGUUUUUUAAGUAUAUCAGCUCUUUAUAGACAUGCGAGAAUUCAUACAGGAGAGAAGCCGUAUUCAUGUUCAGAAUGUGGGCAAGGCUUUGUACAAAAAUCAGAUCUUAUUCAACAUGAGAAAAGCCACACAGGGGAGAAGCUCUAUUCAUGUUCAGAAUGUGGGAAAAGCUUUGCGCAAAAAUCAAGUCUUAAUCAACAUGAGAGAAUUCACACAGGUGAGAAGCCAUAUUCAUGUUCAGAGUGUGGGAAAUGUUUUUCAAGUAUAUCAACUCUUUAUAGACAUGCGAGAAUUCACACAGGAGAGAAGCUGUAUUCAUGUUCAGAAUGUGGGCAAGGCUUUACACAAAAAUCAAGUCUAAUUCAACAUGAGAGACUCCACACAGGAGAGAAGCUGUAUUCAUGUUCAGAGUGUGGGAAAAGAUUUGCACAAAAAUCAAGUCUUAUUCAACAUGAGAGAAUUCACACAGGAGAGAAGCCAUAUUCAUGUUCAGAGUGUGGGAAAUGGUUUUUAAGUAUAUCAGCUCUUCAUAGACAUGAGAGAAUUCACACAGGAGAGAAGCCGUAUUCAUGUUCAGAAUGUGGAAAAUGUUUUUCAAGUAAAUCAUAUCUUGUUAUACAUGAGAGAAGUCACACAGGAGAGAAGCCAUAUUCAUGUUCAGAAUGUGGAAAAUGUUUUACACAAAGAUCAAGUCUUAUUACACAUGGGAACAUUCACACAGGAGAGUCUGACCAGUCAACCCCCCCCCCCCCCCCCCCCCCCCAGUGA